AAUUAUUAUACGCGGUUCACUUUCAUCAUAUCAUCCCUUCCGCUUUAGGGCUUCGUCUGAAAAACCCUAAAAAUCUUUGAUCCGUCGCCUCAACGUUUUCAAACUCCUCGGAAUCUUAAUCUUCAAUCACAUCCGGUACCCUCAAGUUCCUCCAUCGAAUUAGAUGGCUGCAAAACCACUUACAGCUGCUGCAAUUGCAAUGACAGAGAAGAAAAUGGACAUGGCAUUAGAUGAUAUUAUCAAAAUGUCCAAGACUGGAACUGGGACUAACAGAGCCAAGAAGCAAAGAGUUCCAAAUAAAAAUCAGAAAUUUUCGAACAAUGUUGCUCAGGAUAAACCCAUGAAGUUGAAACGCUUUAUGGACUCAAGAUCCUCCCUUAGACAGGGUGUUCUUGCUCAGCGGAGAUCUAGCUUUCAGGGAAACCAAUUUCCUUUGGCUGCUGAGGCUGCUAGAAAGGCUGCAGUUGCUCCUAUCCGCAACAGGAACUUCAAUAGGAACCAGGCAAUGACUUCAUAUAGACCAAGGCCUGUGGCUCGACCGGUUCAAAAUAGGGCUGCAAAUGGAGGCUUUGCUGUUAAGCAGCAGCAGCAACAGCAAGUGAAGGUGGUAUCGAAGCAGAGGGCUCAGACGUUGGAUUCGUUAUUUGCAAACAUGAAGGAACAGAGGAUGAAAGCUCAGCAGCAGAAUAAUAACAUGAGAAGAAAUGGAGGUGGGGGGCAACAACAGAGGCCAAGACCUCCAUGGAGCAGAUCAUAUAAUAACAACAAUUGAUGUUAAAAAUCGCCAUUUCUCGGAAAAUAUGUAAUACGGGGUUCCUGUUCUUUUUUUUUCGUUCUUUCUGUUUGCUUUAAUCAAUUCAAAAUUUUAGACCAUGCUUUUUUUUAGAGUAUAUGAUGAUGAUUUUGUGCAAAAGUCUACACUUGACGGAUAAAUUGUUGUGUACAAUGUCAUUUUAAUGGAUUAGAAUCUUACUCGUAUGUAAAAGUAUC